UGCGAUUGGGAAUGGUGGGUUCAAAAUUGGCUGGGUCGAAGUGGAACGAGAGGCUUCAGCGGUGAAUCGGACAGAGAAUCGAUCAGUUAUGAUGUAGUUAUUGUUGGAGCUGGACCUGCUGGGCUUUCAGCUGCUAUACGAUUGAAGCAAUUAUGUCGCGAGAAGGACGUUGAUUUAUCCGUUUGCGUCGUGGAGAAGGGCGCCGAAGUCGGUGCUCACAUAUUAUCAGGAAAUGUAUUUGAACCCCGGGCACUAGAUGAACUUUUUCCAAAAUGGAAGGAGGAAGAGGUACCCAUACAUGUCCCUGUAACUUCAGAUAAGUUUUGGUUGCUCACCAGGACUCGUGCAAUUUCCCUUCCAUCUCCUUUCAAUAAUAGAGGAAACUAUGUCAUAAGUUUGAGUCAAUUAGUCCGUUGGUUGGGGCAGAAAGCUGCAGAACUGGGAGUUGAUAUAUACCCAGGCUUUGCUGCUAGUGAGAUUUUAUAUGAUAAUAAUGAGAAUGUAAUUGGAGUUGCAACAAAUGAUAUGGGCAUUUCCAAAGAUGGUUCAAAGAGGGACAAUUUUCAGCAGGGUGUAGAAUUGAAAGCUCGUCUCACACUUCUUGGUGAAGGGUGUCGAGGGUCAUUAUCAGAGAAAAUAAUUAAAAAAUACAACCUAAGAGGGAAGGUUCAAGGGCAACAUCAAACUUAUGCUUUGGGCAUUAAAGAGGUGUGGGAAAUUGAUGCAAGCAAACAUAAACCUGGUUGUGUAAUUCACACCUUGGGUUGGCCUUUGGAUCACAAGACCUAUGGGGGAUCCUUCCUAUACCAUAUGCAAGAUAGACAGAAUAGAGAGGAUGUCUGA